AUGAGAAAUUCCCUACUGGUAGUAAACAUGGCGCGCCUGCUUACUGCUCUCGCUCUCCUGCUUGCCGUCACCGUCACUCUCGCAUCAUUCGCCUCUACUGCUGCUGCUCGAUCUGUUCGGCUUCCUGGCAAUGGGAUGAUUGCCGAUGGUGCGUCGGGAGCGGUAGACACCGCCGGCGGCGUCAUCACGGCAGAGAGCGCGCUGAGUGAUGCUCGGGCCAGCGCGGGGGACGAGCAGGGUCGCCGCGAACUGCAGUACGCGAGAACAGUAGAUGAGUACCAGACGGCGUGCGCUGAAGUGAAGACCGAUUGCUCAGCGUCCAACAAGUACUUUUUUGGUCUGAUCAAGGGAAAGAAGCCCAGCCCGCAGAAGAUCAAAGAGUGUGAGGACUUGCAUAGCGCUUUAAGAGCUAAGUAUUAUUGUCCGUAG